GCGGCGUGGCUGAGGCUGCGGGGGGCGGGCGGGCGGCGAUGGCGGCCGCCGUGGGGCUCUCGUCCUCCCCGGGCUCCCCCGCCGUGAGCGAGCUCUGCCAGAACAGGCGGGAGAUCUUCCUGGAGGCCUCGCGGCUGCUCCUCACUUAUGCUGACAACAUCCUCCGGAAUCCCUACGAGGAAAAAUACAGAUUAAUUCGGAUUGGAAAUCCAGCAUUUUCCACAAGGCUGUUGCCCGUCAGAGGAGCAGUUGAAUGUUUAUUUGAGAUGGGGUUUCAAGAGGGAGAAACUCACCUGGUUUUCCCUAAGGAAGCUUCAAUUGAGCAACUACGUAAAAUCAGAGAUUUAAUUGCUGGGGAGAGGAGUAGCAGACUGAAUGAGUCAAGCCAAAUCCGCGGAUCAGGAUCUUCUGAAACUGUCAGCAGCCCUCAGACAGCGGCACAACGGCCUUCGAGACCUGUUGACUCUGUUCUUGCUCCUGCCCGUCAGCAACCAGAAACAUCACUUGUGCAAUCUCUUGAAAUGGCUGAAAAUAUCUUGAAAACACUUCAAACAAAAUUUGAGCACCUUGUAUUGUUGUAUGAGAAUCCUGCUAUUCAGCAGAAAGCACUAGCUGCAGUUCCCCUCCAGGAAUUGAAAAGCAAGGCUCAGAAAAAGCUAGCACAAGCUACAAGACUGGACAAAGGUGCACAUGUGAAUGAAGAGGACUUCUUAUUGUUGGAGCUUUUGGACUGGUUUAAGACUUCCUUUUUUCAUUGGGUAAAUAGUCUUCCUUGCAGCAGGUGUGGUGGGCAGACAGAGCCUAAAAGAGACUACCUGUUGCCUACCGAUGAUGAUCUAAGGUGGGAUGCCAGUCGGGUGGAAAACCAUUACUGCAACCAGUGUCAGCUCAGUAAUAGAUUCCCAAGGUAUAACAACCCUGAAAAACUUCUGGAAACCAGACGUGGACGCUGUGGCGAGUGGGCCAACUGUUUUACACUGUGCUGCAGGGCUGUCGGCUUUGAAGCAAGAUACGUCUGGGAUUAUACAGAUCAUGUGUGGACUGAAGUAUAUUCUUCAUCUCAGAAAAGAUGGCUUCACUGUGAUCCUUGUGAAAAUGUCUGUGAUAAGCCUCUUCUCUAUGAAACUGGCUGGGGAAAGAAGCUUUCCUACAUAAUUGCAUUCUCCAAAGAUGAGGUUGUUGAUGUCACCUGGAGAUACAGCUGUAAACAUGAAGAAGUACUCUCUAGGAGGACGGCGCUCAGCGAGGCUACACUGCGAGAGACAAUUAAUGCGCUAAAUAGAACGAGACAAAAGUCAUUGUCAGAAAAUAGAAAAAGAGAGCUCCUGGAAAGGACAAUUGUGGAGCUUGUUGAGUUUAUUUCUCCAAAAACACCUAAGCCCGGAGAAUAUGGUGGAAGGACAUCAGGCUCAAUGGCUUGGCGAGUAGCCAGAGGUGAAAUUGGUCCAGAGAAAAGAAAAGAAGUUGUUUUUAUUCCCUCUGGAAAGGAGAAGACAUCUAAACUGUUCCAUCUCGUCUACAAUGUGAUAGACGAUAGCUACACACGGAUUUCCAAUAACAAUGAAAAAAUAAGUGGCUGGGAAGCAGGUGUUUGGAAGGCAGAAUCUAUUUGGAGAAAGGUUGAAACAGAUUGGAAAAUGGUUUAUUUAGCCCGAAAAGAGGGGUCAUCCUCUGCUUCCAUCAGCUGGAAGUUUGAGUGCAAGUCAGUUGGUCUAAAAAUAGAUAACAUUUCGGUUAGGACAAGCAGCCAAACAUUUCAGAGUGGAAGAAUACAGUGGAGACUUUGCUCUCCUACAGCAGAAAUUGCUCUGAUAGGAGAUAAAAAUCUUUGCUCCUCUUCAGAUUUUUCUGGAGCAACGGAAGUGAUGUUGGAAGCAGUUCUAAAUGGAGGGGAUGGUGGAGCUGCAUGGCAACACACACAGCUGUUCAGAGAGAGCUUAACAGGACCUGGGGAAAAUUGCUUGGAGAUAAUUAUAAAACUCAGUGACCUCUGAGAGUCUGAACUGCAGAAAUGCACUUUGGAUUCCUUGAAGACAUUAUAUCAUGGAUACAACAUGAAGAUUUGGUUGGCAAUUCCUCUUCAUCCUUCUGGCAGCUUAUUUCCUGUUUCACUGCUUCCAUUAAACCAACUUGAAACUGCACGUGUAUUAAAUAGGUAAACAUCACAAUGAAAACCUCUUUGCUAUAAAAACAAACACCAAAAUUAAGGGUUUGAACCAAUUGGGAUUGAACCAAGGGAUUUAAACUUUACAAUGAAAAGAAAACAAUUUUUAGGAAGCAAAACAUGAUCAUAGAAGCACAAACCAAUUGUAAUUAUUUUUAAUUUGGAGUUUUGGGAUUGGCUUGCUGAUUUUUUUUUUGUUUUUAUAAUCUACUUGGAAAAACAGUUUUAAUUCUAUUUUCCAAUUACAACGGAUGCUUGUGAUGAUUUUAAAGUGUUUUAAACAAUAUUAGAAGAUUUAAAAACUUGUAGAAAAAUUUGAUUUUGUGGAGUAUCCAGAAGUGCUGAAAUUAAGUUAAUUUCAAGAUUGAAUCAAAAUUUUGUUUUUAGAUGUCUAAGUAUUAAACCUGUGUUUAAUACCUAGAACUAUUUGGAAGCAUGAUGGUUGCUGGGAAAAUAACCUCUUUUUGAAAGAAGUGUUCAUUAUAUACCUAAGAUUGUCAUGGCCUAUGAUAUGAAAUUCGGGCUUAAAACUGAGUAAGAACAUCAUAUUUUUUUCUAUGAAAAAAUAGGUUAUUCAAUAUAAAUACUUUUUAAUGAUAUUAAUUCAGAUUUGCUUAAUAAAUCUUUUAAAAAGUA